AUGCAAGAAGCCAAUAAAUUCGCAUACUACGACCUCAACGAUAGUCGUAAGGCAUUCGCAUACUACGGCGUCAACGAUUGUGGCAAGGUUGGUAAAUUAUCUGAACAGUUACACUUUAAUCUGUUAAUUACUCAUCAGUCUUCUACUUUCUCUAGCACGAACGUACCUUCGUCUGAUGUCGGUAAAACCAACAAGAUAUUUGUAAUCGAAAUAAUCGGCGGGCUCGGAGGACUGUCUGGUUUAUUAUUUUGUUUAGCUAAAUGGACCGCUAUUGUCGAUAGCAUUGCAUAA